GCUUCCCGAAUCCCGAGCCGUGGUACGACCCAUACCUCUCCUCCUCCGGCGAGAGCAACAGCCUCCUCCUCCUCCUCCGCGCAAGGGACGCCACAAAAUGGAGGAGUUCAACCUCAACGGCAGCGGCGUGCCUUCGCGGGUGCUCUGCCUGGAGCCCGGCGCCGACCGGUGGACCGACGUCCCCGUGCUCGCGCUCCCCCACCUCCAGCACGCCGUCGCCCGCGGGUGUCCCGACCCUAGGAUACACCUCGCCGGCGACCACUGGCACGUCUACGACUUCCCCAACAAGAGGCGCUACGUGGAGGACCAGCCCACAACCACCAGCGUGCCGCUCGCCUGGUUCGACGAGGGCGGCACCCCCUUCUUCCCGCCCGGCCUGGCCGCCGGCGUCCCGGUGGCGGCCAGCGAGAACUGCACGGUCAGCGAGCACCAGGCCGUCACCAUCGUCAGCAGGUGGACCAUGGAAAUGGCGGCGGUCAACAGAGCGGAGAUCUCCGUCCCAGGCGAGUUCGCGGAGAGCAUCUUUCGGGAGAUGGAGAGGCAAAUGGGGAUCAACGGCGUCAAGCUCGGCUGGUACGGCGCCUCCGCGGAGGACGUGAGGAUGGCGAGCGCAGGCUUGUUCCGGAGCCCCAACUGGGAGCUUCUCGGGGCCCACCGCGCGUACGGCCACGGCCUGCACCUCUCCCCCCUCCGGUUCCCGCAUCUUAGGUGAGCCCGUUCUCUUGGAUUGGAUCUUCAACGAUUGGUGCAAGAAUUGAGGGUGUUUCCUGGUCUGCAACACGAGUUCUUGAUUCUCUUGGUCUGCCGCAAUGGUUCUUGAUUUUCUUGGAACAAAUGGAGAGUGGUCGUGAUAUUGUUCAAGAACUGCGAAAUCGCAGCCCGAAUUGGGUACGAAUCAAUCAAAUUGAUAUGCUAUUCGACAAGAAAGGAGAAUUCCUCUGUUACCAAAAAUUAGUGGCAACGUUUCUCAUGAGUACGGUAAUGGUGAUAAUAUGAGAUAAGUUCUUGGUCUGAGGAAAUGCCAAACAGUAGUAAUAGCAUGCGCAAGAACUGCGAAUUUUAAAGAAGAUUUUAGCAAGAUUUGGUUCACCUCGAAAUAUAAUGAAGUUGGGAUUCUUUUCUGUUCUAGUACGGGAGAAGGAUAGAGUUGUUUUUCGCUGCAGCAUCUUCAGUUUCGAUUUGCAACAGAAGAGUUUUGGCAAGUAUGCAGUAGUGGCAGAGCAAGAUGAGUCCUUGAUUUGAACAAAUCAAACAGCAGUAGUAUCUGCAGGAACUGCAAUUUCUUAUGCAUCGUCUCACAAAAUUAACAUGAUGAGUUUCUCAAUGAGAAUGGAGGAACUGUUGCUAGUUACUGCUUCUAUUUGGUUAAGUUGUGCAUCACCAAAUUUCAGUCCGAUGAUGGUUACCAACAUUUGGAUUUGUCAGACAAAUACACAGUUUAGUUGUUGAUCUGUAAUGAAGGCCAGACAGUUUGUGAAUGUGUACGGUUGCAACUUGCAACACUUAAGCAGAGAAACCCGAUGAGCUAACUUGAAAUUUACAUUUCAAUUAGCAUGGCCAUAGCUGAGGCAGACCACAGCGGUGAAGCAUGGGUGUUGCUGUGCCGCAUUUUGCAGGGCGUGCCAAUGGGCAUCCCUGUCGGAUCAAACCAGUCCCACAACAUGCUACGUGACCUCCAAUCUACUGGUGGUCUUGACAACAUGCUCAAUCCAAGCUGGUACGUUGUAUGGGCUGAAGAAAUGAACAAGUGCGUUCUCCCAAUAUGCAUGGUGAGCUUCAUGAAACGCCCAGCGGGCCCAAGUCGAGGAUCACUGGUAUCAUGGAGUCCGGUAGAUGUCGACCCGGAGAAGUUGCGCAAGGAGAUAAAGAGGGUUCUGCCAUCCUCUCAGUUGCAGUAUUUGGACAGUUUGUUCGAUAGUAACAUGGCAAACGUGUAUGUUUUCUUCAGAUGCGUGACUGACCUUAUUGGUGUCGAUAUGUACGUCGGUGCUGUCCUGAAGGCUUUAGAGCGCUGAUUUUCUGAAAAAUGCUAAUGAUGAUUUGUGAUCUUUCUACCUGAUAUCUAUGUCAAUCAUCACAAUUGCGCUCAGAUCUUACUUGGCAAACCUUGAUGCUUUAGGAGAUUCAUAACCUGUAGUCUUGUACAAAAGUGCAAGAGGAUCUUGCAUGGAACUGUUCACAGAAUACAGUAGCUAUCCACAUCAGACUGUCAGACUGUCAGUUGUAUAAAAUGUUUGAUAGCUCAAACUCUUCGCUCUAGUGACGUUUUCGCAGUCACGAGAAUUAUUUUUUUUGGACUAGUGAUUACAUAUAUGACCUGAGAAUAAUGAUUGAGAUUCUUAAUACCAGUUUGGCCUGAAAUUAUAGUU